CACCUAAGGUUAUCAGUAACAAACACAACCUCAAAAGAUGCGGGCGGUUCCUCUACUACUUGUUCUGUGUUGCAGCCUCCUCGUAGAUUCUUAUACAUUUUCACAGAUCCACACAGAACUUUUAAAGCAGAUUGAUGCAGAAUCCAAUAUAAGAGAAACCAGAGCCUUGAGACAGAAGCGUAUGAUCAAUGAGGACCCUCCCGAGGAAGGUAUUCUAGGACCACUUUUACCCCCAGACCCGGCCACUCGUGUGACAACACCAAAACCAAUAUCAAACUCCAAACGGAAGGACAAGACCAACAAACAAAGAGGCGGACCCAAAAAGGAAAAGAGGACAAAAUCCGGCCAAGGACCAAAGAAAUCAGACAUGGGUAGAAAAAAAGCGCAAGGGAAAAAGAGGACAAAGAAGAGGAAACAAGUCUAAUCCAACAAAUUAAACAGCAAGACAUCCUAACAAAGCAGGGUGUAAUGACAACAGGUACAGUUGGAGUAAACGGUUCUUCUCCUGCGCCUGGUUGAUACACAUCCUUCUUCGAAAAUAUGCCAAGUAGACGUAUCUGUGCAGUUUAUUGACGUACAUAGCUGAUUUAUUCGAUAUAAGGAAUUGAAUAUCAAUAAGAGAAAUCCAAAUACCUCCAUCUCUAGUGUUUGUUACCUUAAUUUGUUGCGCUAUAGACAAUAAUUUACAUAAUAUAUGUUUUUAAUGAUUUUUAAUGUGUUGUUCUGUGUAUAAUUUAACAAUCAUGUAAUUUUUCAUAAAACUUGUCUAGAAGAAGUCUAAUAUAAAUUUAGGUUUAUUAACUUUAUAUUAUGUAAAAUUAUUCAUUUGUAUUAAAACAGUGCUCUUACUUUUUAAUUACUUUUUAUUGUAGUUGUAUUAUGUAAAAUUCACUCUGAUUAAAGCAGUGCACGUGCUUAC